UCGCAUACUUUACUUCGACUUAAGAAGUCGCCUGUUUAACAUUUAAUCCGGUUCGUGAUUUCGUUAGCGAUUAUCACGGAUAAAUAAACAAAAUAGCGCAGGUCGAAUAAGCGUGCUCGUAACGUGGCGCGUCAUAUCAGGUCGGCCGAGUCAUACGAAGUUGAUCGGUUGAUAGUGUUGUGCGGAGACGCGAGACCGGCGCCGGCGCACCGGCCACCUGCGCACUCAGUCACUACUAUGUUGACAACGUGCGCCAUCGUCCUCUUAGCGGCAGACGCGUUCUACGCCGCCAAUCUUCAAACAUUAGAUAUAGACGUGAACAACACCCUUCCAGCUGAAAAAUACUUUAUAGACAAGAUAUUUGAUAAAUAUGGCGAUAAAGGAGUCAUUACAUUUGAGGGCUUCGAGCAUUUGCUGGAUAGUCUCGGCUUGGGAGGUCGCGUCUUCAGCUCCCCACACGAUCUCGCUCUUCAUCGAAUCAAUGGUAGCUUUCAACAACUGCACGAUACUCAGCACCGACACAAGAGAUCGGCCCCAUCUUUACCAAUAUUGAAGAAAUCAUGCCUAUCUCCAAAAGAAAUAUUAGAAAUAUAUGGAAUGGAAAACGAGCCUGGUGUUAUAACCAUAAAUCCAAAAACAUUUUUAGAAAUGUGUCCUGCUCUUGUAUAUCAGUUAGAUCAAAGAUCUUGUUACAAGACAGAUGCACCAACACCAAAACUCGAUAGGGUUUGGACGUGGAUAUAUGCAAGUUUAAGCAUUCUAGUAAUUAGUGCUACUGGAUUGUUAGGAGUUGCUAUAGUACCUAUGUUAAAGUCCGUAAUCUUCAGCCAUGUAAUCCAUUUCUUGGUAGCCGUUGCCGUGGGUACUUUGUGUGGUGACGCACUUCUACAUCUUAUGCCUCAUGCACUUAAAUCACAUGGAUCACCAAAUGAACCUCAAGAAGAAACCGAUGUUAUCCUUAAAUGUAGCGUAACCUUCUUAACAAUUUUAAUAUUCUACUCCGUCGAAGCUAUCAUGCAACUGCUUAACGGGGGCCAUUCCCAUUCUCACGAUGCAUCAAACAAAUCCGUGGAAGAAUUGAAAGUAGAAUCUGCAAAACAGAUAGAGCCAAUAGAGCUUGGUGCAAUGAUGCCUGGAUCGCCACCACCACCAGUUGAGCGCCCAAUGACGUCAACCGCUCUCAUGGUCAUAGUUGGUGAUGGAUUGCAUAAUCUAACUGAUGGUCUUGCGAUUGGAGCAGCAUUUAGUGGAGAUCCAGUGACGGGCUUUGCAACAGCACUUGCGGUAUUCUGCCACGAACUUCCACAUGAGUUAGGGGAUUUCGCAGUAUUACUCCGUUCCGGCAUGAGUAUAAAGCGUGCUCUAUAUUAUAAUUUACUUUCUUCAGCCCUUAGUUUUAUGGGAAUGGCAGGAGGUAUCUGGCUUGCAGAAGAUCACGAAUCUGCCUCGCAGUGGAUAUAUGCUGCGACCGCUGGUACAUUCUUCUAUAUUGCAUUAGCGGACUUAAUACCAGAAAUAAAUGAAAACAAUAAAGGGAAAAGUGUGCAUUUAGUACUCGCUGUUCUCGGUUUUCUUACUGGCGGUAUAAUUAUGCUACUUAUAGCCCUCCAUGAGGAUUCUAUACAGAAUCUUUUCCGAAAUUCCGAACAAUAAUAAAGAAGUGUACCGUAUCAUGUGAUAAUAAUUAUCGGUAACUACUCAUGAUGGUUGUUAAAUUUAUUUGUAAAAACUUAGAUAAACUUAGACGUAAGUGUUAUUAUUAAGUUGAACUUAAAAACUGAACUGCUCAAAUAAGAUUUGAACAUUAUUAUGAACUGAAAAUAAAAUGUAUACAUUCCAAGCAUUACAUAUUUAAACUACCUAAGUAUUUAACGAAGUUAUCUAUGAUUUUGUUUUAAUACUUUCUGUAUUAAUUUAUAAGUAUAUUUAAGUUCUAUUAUGUCUAAUAUUGAUGGUUUGUCUUCCAAUGACUAUAUGAGAAAGCAUGUAUGUUGUCUUUGUAAAUAAGAAUGCUAUGAAAAAAAAUAAAUUCUAGACAUAAGUUUACGUGUUUUAAGUGACCAUGGUAAUCGAAUAAGAAGUGUUUAAGUUAUAUUUUGUGCAUAAUGUUAUUGAACAAAUUAAAUAAAAUGGUUUGUUCGUUUUAAAACAUAAUACUUAAGUAUUAAUUUAUCUUCCUUAUCUUUCAAAACUUAAAAAGUAUUUUAUAAUUAUUGUACACAAACGAUUAACCAUUAUUGCAAUAGGACGACAAGCAAGCAAAUGGGCUGCUUGCUGGUAAGUGGUACCUUCGCCCAAUGACAGUGGCACUGCAAUAAGUGUAAACCAUUGUACACUGCCUAUGAACUAUCAUGGGAUCUAAUAUUUUAUAUACCUCGUGAAGCCUGUAACAUGACUGAUGAUGCAAAAAUUUAAAAAAAAAAUAUGGAUUUUAAAAAUUAGAAGCUCUUGUCAUAUCUAUUGCUACCUAAAAAUAAGAUUAAAUUGAACAUACAGCGUAUUGUCGGAUGAACUAUCGUUCGUUCCUGUAAACAAACUUUUCAGUGUGCAUACGUAGCAGUUUGAGUUUAAAACAAAUACUGAACAUUGGCCGUUUGUAAAUUAUCUGUGCAUUUUUUUGAAAUUUAACAAAAUGAAGUUAAUAAAAUGAUAACUAUUUAUCUGCCUCUAUCUACUACCAUGAAAUGGUACUUUGAAAUAAAAAGAAUAGUAUGUGUUUUUGGAACUAUGUCUUCUGUUCGGAUCUUCUCGAGCAGCAGCAGAUUUAUCAAUUAAAUACAACAAUGAAGAUGAGCCGAGAUGGCCCUGUAGUUAGAAUACUUGAAUCUGAC